CGGCGGGUGCCUUGGGGGUUAUCAUGCUGUUGCCGAUGCAUGUGAUAUAGAUGGCAGAAACGAAGGGUCCGAUAUGCACAAGGCUGGACCAACGCAGUCCGUCGCUGCAGAUUGUCACGGCGAAACAAAAACUUCCAUAUGCGCUCCUAUCUGGUGAGCUGACUGGCUAUACUUCGGCCAUCAUGAGCUGCUAGCUGGUGAGGUGAGGUUGGAGUUUAGCCUAAAACGGACGCGGACAGCGUCCUUCCGGGCGCCCAAGGAACUUCCGCACUAUCAUCAGCAGGAGCUUUGAUCCUCUGACUCGGCAAUGUUUUCUGACACAAAGAGAGCAGAAGUGGACAAAAUUCGUUUCUGAAGCAUUCAAGAGAGAGCUCAUGACCUCGUUAUAGUUACAAGCUCAUGACUGGCAUCAAUCAUGAUGGGCUGGUGCCACAAGCAACCACCAAGCAAAUGCCCCAAUUUUGCACUUAGAUACUACCAACAACAGCAUCACAAUUGGAGAAAGCAAGCUCCAUCUGCAGACCCCAACACGGGAUGGACGGCCAGAAUGGAUGACCUGCAGCCCUGGGCGUGUGGGGUGAGGCCAGGGGAGCUCCUUCUUCAUUCGCAACUCCAUUUGUUCCCUCGGGGUGCCUUCCCCCGCGGUCUUCAACACGGUGAGCGGCAGCUCGAAUUCCAGGCCAUGAGAGGAAACAUUGAAGAGCUAUAAGACGGCUCUUGCUCUGGACAUGUUCAAGAAAUACACAACUCUCUUGUCGGCAGCAGCAGCAGCAACCACAGUUUGUAUCUCUCUGUGAGAGUCAUCACCAGGCUGUCCCUCCUUCCACCACCUGUACCCCACUGUCGUUCCCCUCACUGCCCCUCACCACCAACAACCCCACCAUACGAUAGGAGUUUAUGUACUAUGGCUCCCGCCGCCGCCGUUAUCGUGGUCCCCGUCGACAAGAACUGGGAGUUCAAGCAGCUCGACAAGGAAGACGCCGAGUUCCUCCCCGUUUCCCAGUUCCCGACCAACGUCCACCUCGACCUCAUUCACCACAAGAUCAUCCCCGACCCCUUCAUUGGCAAGAACGAGCUCGAUGUGCAAUGGGUGGGCGAGGCGCAAUGGGUCUACAAGACUACGUUCAAGGGACAGCCCGUCCCAGAGGGGGCCAAGGCUGUGUUGGCCUUCGACGGGUUGGACACCUUUGCGACUGUAAAGGUGAACGGGACCACGAUCUUGGAGACAGAUAAUAUGUUCACCCCUGAGAGGGUGGAGGUGACAGGACUGUUGAAGGAGGAGAACGAGCUUGUUAUCAGCUUUGACAGUGCCUAUCUCAGGGGCUGGAAGCUGGUUGAGAAGUAUCCUGAACACAAGUGGGGUGUGUGGAAUGGUGAUAAUUCGAGAUUGGCUGUGAGGAAGGCGCAGUAUCACUGGGGAUGGGACUGGGGCCCGGCGCUCCUGACUUGCGGGCCAUGGCGGCCAAUCAACCUCGAAAUCUACGAAACGAGACUUGCAGACCUCAGCUUUGACAGCACCAUCUCCGAGAAUCUUAAGUCAGCCGGCAUCAAGGCCACAGCUGAAGUUGAGGGGCCAGGUGGAAAGGUCAAAUUUGAGCUCUCGCUCGAUGGUGAACAAGUGGCAUCCCAAACCGCAGACGCCAAUGGCUCCGGCAGCGUCACAGUUUCCUUCCAUCUCGACAAUCCUUCGCUUUGGUAUCCCUUCCGCUAUGGAGAACAGCCCCUUUACACACUCACUGCCACUAUACUGAGUGGUGAUGAUGAGAUUUCCAGCAUCAGCAAACGGAUCGGUCUUCGCCGAGCCGAGCUCGUUCAGCAACCACUCCUUGACCAGCCCGGAACCUCCUUCUUCUUCCGCGUCAACAAUAUUCCCAUCUACUGCGGUGGCUCGGACUGGAUCCCCGCCGACAACUUUAUCCCCCGUAUCACAGCCCAAAAAUACUACGAAUGGAUUUCUCUUAUCCGUGAUGGCAACCAGUUCAUGGUCCGUGUUUGGGGCGGCGGCAUCUACGAGGAACAGGCCUUCUAUGAUGCAUGCGACGAGCUCGGCGUUCUCGUGUGGCAAGACUUCAUGUUUGGCUGUGGCAACUACCCUGCCUGGCCUGAGCUGAGGAAGUCUAUUGACCGGGAGGCCCGUGAGAACGUCAAGCUCCUCAGACACCACCCUUCUAUCGUCAUCUGGGCUGGCAACAAUGAGGACUACCAGUAUCAGGAGUCUGCUGGGUUGACCUACGAUUUUGAGAACAAGGACGCCGAAUCUUGGCUUCAGACCGACUUCCCAGCGAGAUACAUCUAUGAGAAGAUUCUCAGUGAUGCCUGCGCGGAACUCAUUCCAAGUACUUUCUACCAUCCUGGCAGUCCGUGGGGUGCGGGAAGGGAUACACACGAUGCCACGGUGGGCGAUAUCCACCAGUGGAACGUCUGGCAUGGUACCCAGGAGAAGUGGCAGGAUUUUGACAAGCUCUCUGGAAGAUUCGUCAGCGAGUUUGGCAUGCAGGCUUUCCCCGACGUCAAGACCAUCGACGCGUAUCUGCCUCUCGGCAAAGACGACCCGGACCGAUACCCCCAGUCUUCCACUGUCGACUUCCACAACAAGGCCGACGGUCACGAGAGGAGAAUCGCUCUGUAUCUGGUGGAGAACAUGAGAUAUGCCCCUGACCCCUUGGAACAGUUUGUCUACUCUACCCAGUUGAUGCAGGCAGAGUGUCUUGCCAGCGCGUACAGACUCUGGAAGAGGCAGUGGAAGGGUCCAGGGAGGGAGUACAACGCGGGUGCUUUGGUGUGGCAGAUCAAUGACUGCUGGCCGGUGACGAGUUGGUCGAUUGUGGACUUUUAUCUCCGGCCAAAACACGCUUUUUACACGGUCAAGCGGGAGAUGGCGCCCGUUUCGGCGGGGAUCACGCGCAAGAUUCACAAGCACCCCAGGGAUAAGUACACGCGGGUGUAUAUUGACACUGAGACUAAGAUUGAAGUCUGGGGGAGCAAUCUUACCCUUGAGGAUUUGACUGUUGAUGUGGUGCUCAAGGCUUGGGAUAUUACUACUGGGGAAUUGACGCUUGAAAAGAAGAUUGCCGAGGGUUUGGUCCUGCCAGAGAAUAGAUCGACGGAAGUGGGCGCGUUGGAUGUUCCUGUGGGGGAGAAGGGCAAGGGAGAGGAGAACAAGAUUGUCGUGACGGCGUAUAUUGUUCAGAAUGGCAAGCAAAUCGCGCGGUAUGUCAACUGGCCGGAGCCGCUCAAGUAUGUGCACCUCCAGAAGCCAAAGGAGCUCAAGGUGGUGCUCAAUGAUGAUGCCACGGCUGUGGACAUCAGCGCUGAGGUCCCCGUCAAGGGUGUCGCGCUGGAGUGCGAGGAUGAUGCGGUCAAGUUUGAUGAUAAUUUGGUGGAUAUUGUUCCUGGGGAGGUGGUUUCUAUUGCUGUCAAGGGGGCGACGAAGGAGACCAAGAUUUCGACGAGGUAUUUGGGCAUGAUCUAGACUUUUUCGCUUUUCAUUUGCUGGGAUUUUUACAGGGCAAAGGGAGAAAACGGACGAUGUUUUAUUCUCAGACAUACCUUAGAUGAUAUGCAGUUGGUAGGCCUUGGAAGAAAGACAAUAGGCCGGUUUAACAGCCCCUAAAAGAACUUUCAUGCAAUGA